AAAUAGAGAAUGAGACGGAUUGUUAGUUAACGCGAGAGAAGGAGGGGGCGAGGAGGAAGCGAGAGAGCGAGAGAGAAAGAGAGAGAGAAAGAGAGAGAGGGGAGAGAGAGCAUGGAUUUGGGCAGGGCUGUGGUUACCCAGCAUAAGCUCUCCUUUUUUCCUUCGGUGACUACACCCCGAGAGGAGGAGCGUAGUAGGCGUCAGGAUCCUCAAUUUUUCAACUUAGCAUCUUGGCAGGACAUUUUCCCAAGCAAAGCCCCCGUCCGACGGGUAAAAAAAAACUUCUGCGCGGGCAUGAGAGCGACGGUGCAACUCAGAUAAGGAGAGCAACAGAAACACAAAACCAGACAAAACAUCCGACGGGCAGUGGCGGACAGCGAACAAAAUUAAUCCAUCCAACAUCCAAGCUUCUCUUUAUUUAAACCACUUUUACUUUUUGCCUCCACUAUUGUCAUUUAGAAGGGGGGACAGACAGCGGGUCUGCAGACACACGGCUCUAUGCGCUCCGACAGCAGCGCAUGAGAAAAUAAAGGGAGGAAAGUGCGCAAGUUAAGUGGCUUACACUCUCCGGGCUCCAGCAUGGCGUAUCCUCAGGGCUACUUGUACCAGCCGUCCGCUUCUCUAGCCCUGUAUUCCUGCCCUGCGUACAGCACCAGCGUGAUAUCGGGACCCAGAACCGAGGAACUUGGGAGAUCCUCUUCGGGAUCUGCUUUUGCCCCCUAUGCCGGAUCUACCGCGUUCACCAGCGCCUCUCCGGGCUACAACUCCCACUUAUCGUACAGUGCAGACGCGGCAGCAGCUGCCACAUUCACCUCGUACGUGGGCUCUCCCUAUGACCACACUUCGGGUAUGGCCGGCUCGAUAGGAUACCACCCAUACGCAGCACCCUUGGGCUCCUACCCUUACGGUGACCCAGCGUACCGUAAAAACGCUACCCGGGACGCCACCGCCACACUGAAGGCCUGGCUCGGAGAGCACCGUAAAAAUCCCUACCCGACUAAGGGAGAAAAGAUCAUGUUGGCCAUCAUCACCAAAAUGACCCUCACACAAGUGUCCACCUGGUUCGCCAACGCCAGGAGGAGGCUAAAGAAGGAGAACAAGAUGACCUGGACCCCCCGGAACCGGAGCGAGGACGAGGAAGAAGACGAGAAUAUUGAUUUGGAAAAAAAUGACGACGAUGAGCCAAACAAGCCCACAGAUAAGGGAGACUCUUCAGACACAGAAGCAGAUCAUAAACUGCUGAACCCAGGGGACAUAGGCUGUGACAGAUUUAAAGAGGAGAACCAUGGCAAAGACUCGGAUCCCCUCCUGAGCGACUCGGAGUUAAAAGAGCAGGAGGAUCAGCGGACUACACAGUUGCUGCUGCCGGAUUCCGCCAAACCGACCACUUCGUCUCCCUCGUCGGUGCCCCGGGGGAACCAGGCCGUUGCGCAACAACAAGACAAGCCGUCAGAUUUGAGCCAUGCGCCAACGAGCAACGUGACCUCUGUUAUCCACUCGCCCCCUUCGGCCCCCAAACCCAAACUGUGGUCCCUUGCGGAGAUCGCCACGUCCUCGGACAGGUGUAAGGAGGCGCCACAGGCUGGCCCCGCGUUGGGUCAUAGCGCAAUAGUGGGCACCAACGCUUCACCAUCACGGUCCUCCCCCCAGUGCCCACUCCCCAACAGCACGGUCCUAUCCAGGCCUCUCUACUACACCUCCCCUUUCUACCCCGGUUACACGAACUAUGGUGGCAGUUUUGGACAUCUUCACAGUAACCACGGCUCGGGCUCCACGGCACAUUUCAAUGGAUUAAACCAGACUGUGUUAAAUAGAGCAGAGGCUUUGGUAAGAGAGAGCCAGAAAGUCAGAGGCCAAACGCAGGUAGAUCUUUGUAAAGACUCCCCUUAUGAACUAAAGAAAGGUAUGUCAAACAUUUAAUACCUGAAUAUUUUUCCCACUCACAGCGGACUUUUAUUUAUUUUUUGUGGUUGCAUUAAAAAAAAAGAAAAAAAGAACAAUGAUGAAAUUCUGAGAACACUUAUUUUCUGAGUAAAUGCUUAUCUUCAAAAUUUUAGUUCCUGAAUGGUUUAUCCUAAAAUGUAACAAGAAUGGUCUUAAUCGCUGCAGCCGCCUGAGUCUAUUUGUAUUAAAGACUAACAUGUAUAUUUAAUGUAGCAUUUUUGUAUUUAAAAUGGACAACACACUAUCUUUGAAGUAAAUUAUGGAGAAAAAAAAAUA